AUGGCCCGAACGAAGCAGACUGCACGAAAGAGUACUGGAGGAAAGGCACCCAGGAAGCAACUGGCUACCAAGGCUGCUAGGAAGAGCGCACCUUCCACCGGCGGUGUGAAGAAGCCUCACCGAUACAGACCAGUAACCGUUGCCCUGAGGCAUAAAAAGGGAGGAAAAGGACUUGGAAAAGGAGGAGCAAAGAGGCACCGAAAGAUCUUAAGAGAUAAUAUCCAAGGCAUCACCAAGCCAGCCAUCAGACGUCUUGCACGACGAGGAGGUGUCAAGCGUGUCAGUGGACUGAUCUACGAUGAGACCCGAGUAGUGCUCAAAAACUACUUGGAGAGCGUGAUCAGGGAUGCUGUAACCUACACCGAGCACGCCAAGAGGAAGACCGUUGUAGCCAUGGACAUCGUCUACGCCCUCCAACGACAAGGCAAGACCUUCUUCUACCACAAAAGCUACAACUACAACACGAUGUCAGUCAAAGGAGGAAAAUCGAAGAGCGGCAAAGUUGGAGCCAUGGCCAAGAACCAAUCAACUUGUUCAACCGCAUAG